UGCCACAAUUGUUGUGUAAUGAUAAUAGUAGCAAAAUUUUAAAUGUAUACAGAUAGAAUAUUUACAAAAAAAAGCAACAAAUUUGAAGCACACAAGCGCAAAUGGUGCGACGGAAGAGCAUGGCACGUGGUCUGGCCAAUCAAUUGAGGUCGUGGGGCGCCACCUACCAGCAACAGCUGAUGGCGCAGCCACAAUACAGCGGCUGGCUGCCCUCCACCGCCGCCACCACACCCCCAUAUGCCAACAACUAUCAUUUGUUGCACUGGCAGCAUCCAACGCCCACGUUACAAGCACGUUCAAUGCUGCCGGCGAUGAGCACUCUGUGCAACAAAAUGGCCGGCUGCAUGCCGCGUCUGGCGUCGCUGCCACAACCCGAGCUCAGCAGCCCCAAGCUGAGUCGCUUGCGUCAAAGUCUGUUAAGAGCGCACCCGGAAACGGUAGCACAACGUGCCUGCAACGCCUACGUGUUGCCAGCGGCGCAAAGCGAGCAGCGUUCGAAUUGGUGUCGUAGCAGCGAGCAAGUGUCAGACAGGCUGCGUGCACGACAACAAGCUGAUUACUUUCAGCAGCUGAGACUUUUCAAGCGGCAGCAGCGCCUGCAGCAGCAGCAACAAUUACAACAGCAGUUGCAGCAGCGGCAAGUGCAACAGCUGCAGCAACAUCAGCAGCAAUUGCUGCAGCACCGUCUGCAACAGCAACAACAGCGCUGGCAGCAACCUGCCGCAGUUGCGCCAACCUCUGCUGCUCCACCGAAGAGCGACUUUCAGUACUUCAAUUUUGGCAACUGCGCUGAGCUCUGCAUCCCUUUUCGGAAUUCGGAAUCGGUGUCCUCACUAUACUCGGCCACACAUCCGUCAGCUCUGGGCGUAUGCAAACCUCAAAUAAUCCCCAAGCAGAGUCCGCUGGAGCAAUGCGAGAGUUUUAGCUAUGUAAAGGCGGCCAAACAAAUGGCAAAGACUUCAAUGACGAACAAAGCGAGUGUCGAGCUGAAGAGUUCCCCGAAGGCAUUGUCAACGAAAAUAACACCGGCUGGUAAAGCUACAAGCUCUACAACUUUAAUUAGCAUGCCUCCAACUCCAGUGAACAGUCUAUCAGAGACGAUUUCCGGUAAGAAGUCAAUAUCGACCAGCUCGAUGACGUUGCCUCACUCCGAGGGGCAUCUAAGUCAGCUUGCUACCGAUAUCGACUUGAAUUUGACGGCCAUACGUCAGCUGCUGGAGACGAAGUUACCUCAGAAGGAAAAAGAGUUGGAUAAAUUGGCGAGCUUAUUGCAGCAACGGGUUGGCAUCAAUUCCCAGCCAGGCGUGCAUCUGCAAGGUGGCGAAUCAAAGACAUCGCCAAAACGGAGUCAAAAGAAAUCAAGAGCACGACAAUUGAAUCUGAAUCGAUUGUUUAAGCAAUCAAAGUCACCGAAUCCCAUGUGGGACACGCUGAUGCAGCUGGCGGCGCAUAUGUGCGAGAACAAGGAUGUUAGCUCGGAGCAGCCUCCCAAACAGUAUUCCAUCUAUUUGAUGGUCAACUCCGAUGAUGAGGAUAACACCGAAGACGAUGUUGAAGGAGCUCAACAAACAACUCCGCACUACAACAGCAGCAAUAGUCGCAUAUUGCCUAGUCUGAACUAUAAAAUGCAUCAGAAUAUCUCGAUGCCUUGGACUCCGCAGCCAUCAAUCCGCAAGAAGAAGAAAAAGAAGCACGUUUUGUUGCGCUUGCGACGCGAACAGGAGCUGCAGUUGAGUGCAACUCGACCGCCACGACGACCGUUGCAUUGGCCCAAACAGGACUUCUCCAAGCCAGUCAGCAAGUUGAAAAAAUCUAAAAAGUUAAAGCUUUCAGCACAGUCAUCGCGAAAGAUCCCCUAUCACUGGACUUAGUCUCGCUUUAAGAAAUGGAUUGUUUAUGAAAAUAGAUUCUAUAUAAAGCUGUAGCUGACCAUAGUUCAGUUUUAUAUAUUAUUUGUUUUCAUUUGCGAUUCAUUUUCAUACCAAAAUUGUUAGCGUAUUGUUUGUAAAUUGUUUGGC